UUUUAAGUGUCUAACGAACCAUUUUUGUUGCUUACAGACGCAGAGGCCAGAACAGAGUGUCAUGCAAGCUCUGGAGAGUCUCAAUGAUGGUCAGGUGAACGACUUCCUGACAGGCAAGGCCCCACUAAAUCUAACGAUGCGCCUUGGGGACCACAUGAUGCUCAUCCAACUCCAGCUGUCCACAGUGUCACCUGGUGGCUCAAGGAAGACCCGCCUUCAACCCACACACAGUCAUACCCACACUCAUGCCCACACACACAAUCAUGCACAUACCCACACUCAUACUCACAGCCACACACACACACACGCUCAUACGCACUCCCAUCUUGAUCAUGGUGGUGCUGCACGAACAUCUGCACAUGCCCAUGCUCUUACACCACCAUACACCCCUCAUGCUACGUGUUCAGGCUAUUCUCCUGUGCACACCUCUCAUUUGUCCAGCCAAUCGUCAAUCCCAGCUUCCGUGACCAUUAACCCUAGUCAGACAGCGUCCUCUAAUUCUACAGUAUCCAACUCUCCUUCAUCUCCAUCUUCUACCUCUUCUUCCACUUCCUCAUCCCCCUCCUCUGCAUCAGCAACCUUACACCACCAACAUAAUCUGUUACAUCAUUAUCAUCAUCAUCAUCAUCAUAGUAUGGGGUGUGGUUCCCCAUCUUCCCCUCCACCACCAUACUUAGCUACUCCUCCACAUCACCACCACCAUCACCAUCACCACCACCUCCGGCCAACGCCAGGCACCCCUACCACCCCCACCAGUCCCACCUCCUCCUCCUCAAGUGGCUCAAACACUAGUUCGCCAUCUGGUCUGGGAUUCGAUGGUGAGCUUCCUGUCAGAGGAUGCCCACACAGGGGUGAAGAAACUGAUCCCAGGGCAUCCUUAGACACCAAGGCACUAGCCGAGGCUUCCCGUAACCUAACUCAGACACUAAAACAGUUGUCAUCGGAGGUCUUAACAUCGAAGCCAGAACAGAAGGAGGAUACUAUUACUCCCCAUGAGGUGGCGACAGCAUCUCUUGGUUCAUUGGGUGGUAGCAGCAGCAGUAGUAGUAGUAAUAGCAGCUCUGGUAACAGCAGCAGCAGCAGCACCAGUAGUGGCAGCAGCAGCAUUAGCAGUGGCAGCAAUGGGAAUGGCAGUGGAUGCAGCAGCGGUGGCGGAGGCAGCAGUAGCAACAGCAGCAGUGCGAGUAGUAGUAGCAGCAGCAGCAGUAGUGGCAGCGGAGGCAUUAAGAAGCAGGGAGCUAUAAUAGAGAGUAUGCAUCACCAUGGCAAAGGGGUGUACUCAGGCACUUUCUCAGGAACCCUGAACCCAGCACUUCAGGACAGGCAGGGACGGCCAAAGCGGGAUAUAUCCACCAUCAUUCACAUCCUCAAUGACCUUUUAUGUGCUACUCCCCAGUAUCGCCGACACUCUACUAACAUUUCUCUAAGUACCUCGACACCCACUACCAGCCGAAGUAAAAACAGUGGUGGGAUCGCCAAGCGAGGAACACAGCAAAAUGGUGGUGCUUCCACCAGUGAGUUACACAUGCAAGAUUCUGCCACACAUCGAAAUAGUGGAAAGUGUGCUGAUAACGCACAAACUAUGGAACACGAUUCGGGAGAUGAGAAUCAAGCAAUGCGUACAAAAGUGGAACAGCUGCGAUUGAUAAUGGAGCAAAGACGUGCCCGACGUAAGGCUCGUCGGGAUGCUCGUACCCGCCCAUACCCCCACACUUCUGCAUCAUGGGCCACUGACACUAGUGUUCCGACAGUUGUUGCUACCAGCAGCACAGCGCCAGCAAGUACCACUCAAGCUAUGGACGUGGAUGGUAGUAAAGCAGAUGGUACAGAUCCUGCUACCCUAUGUGAGCUCAACUCUGAGACCGUUGUAGCUUAAUGCUGGCCCACUGAUAGAAGUAUGUUAGGGUAGUGUGUAGGGAGAAUUUGCCAUGUUAAACUCACCACGUUAUAGUGGUUAUAAUGGUAAAUGAUGAGUGUACCUUUGCACAACUGCCUGUAACCCAUGGUUACUCAGCCAAGGUAAUCAAGUCUUAUUACUUUAAGGCUUGGCAUGUGGCAGGUAAAAAGAGAAUGCAAAGUGUUUGUCUGUGAUUUAGGGUUGAAUAUGUUGCAAUUGACUUGCAACAGAGCAUUGAUUGAUGAUGUGCUUCCACAGUUGGAAAAGGUGACAGUGUAACAGACUAGCAUGUUUAUGAGAAAUUGACUAAGAGUACCCAUGUAGAUGAAACAGAUUCCAUUAUUAACCCUUAAUGUUCUGAAAGUUUCUUACAACAGAUUAGUAGUUGAUUAGAACAAGCAACUAGUAGGAAACAGAAUUAAAAUUGAAGAUAAGUUUACAUGUAUCUGUUCAAAAAGCUUGUUUUCUCAACAGUAGACCACCCGAGGCUUACCCUGGGAACAUGCUUGUGGCCUAGCAGGGACCCAGUACACAGAAUUACAGUAUGGAAUUCAGGAUAUGUAUCAGGUGGCCUUGUAAGUCUCAAGUAUUUCUAAGGUCUUGAAGUGAAGAUCAAAUGUUAUCUUACUUGAAGCUGGUGUAUUUAUUGAGUUCUUGUUUACAUAAUUUUUGAUUGUCACUUCUAGACCUAUGAUCUUUAAGUUUGGUGUAAUGCUCGAGGCUGCAUGACUCGGGUAAGACACCAUUCUUAAGUUGACAACAAUUCAGGCUAUAUUUGGAGGGUAUUACAUCAUCUGAGGACGGCUGAAUCUACCUCGUCAUAAAACCAAUCGCUAUUUCUUUUCAUACAAGCAAAUCAUAUUACCCUUAUUCUAAUGUUAUAUAUACAAUAUGCUGUUAUAAUUCAGGAUGUCACCUCGGCUGUUAUAGCGCCAUAGAUCCAAUUGCCAUAGUUAUGUGUAGAUGUGGUUGAACUCACUUUUUGUGUAAUUAUUGACUUUGGCUUCUGAGACAUUUUGAAUCACCCAAGUCACUAGCUAUGGAGAUGACGAUGCUUAAGUUGUUUGUGUUGACGUGAUACUUGUAUCCAGUGCGGGUUUACCUUCUUAUAUGCGCCACUAUUGCUGUAAAUAACACUUUAUAAGGCUUGAAAGAUGCAAAGGCAUCUCCAUAGAUACUUUUUCUUUAAAGAAUGAUAACGACUAGGCCCUUUGCUCAUAGGCCCUUGAGUAGUAGAUGAAGAUCUAAGCAAUCAUCUUUGAUAUUUGUUUAGUGACUAAUUCUACUUAAUACUGAUGGUUUGCCAACAACUGAGAAUGCUGGUCAAUGCUCAAGUAGUAUUGGAGAAUACAAAAUGUCUGUAUAGAAGAAGUGUGUGUGAGAUGACGGUGAAACUCAAAUCAUGCUGUGUUUACUAAGUGGUGGUACUCUGAUCAUGCUGUGUUUACUAAGUGGUGGUAUGAGAACUUGAGUAUUUUAUCAUUUUCUUUGCUUGUCAUAAAAAAUGUAUUGUAUAUUUUUCUAUGGAUGCAUAUGAUCUAAAACUGUAAAAUAUUGAACAUGUCAUUGCAUUAAAUAAAUGCUCCAUUUAACAAAAAAUAAAUGAAUGAGAAUGGGGAAAACAAUACUUUCGUUUCUAAUUCGUUUUCAUAAAAGAAUUUGCAAAAAUCAAUACGAAAAGAAAAAUAAAUUAUGCCCCUUUCAUAUAAAAAUUUUCCUCAACUAAAAUUAGGUAGAACACAAUAAUUAGAUAUUUUUCCAAGGCAUAAGACAACAGCAUAUUUAUUAAAGAGAAAACAGUUUGUUUUUAUUCUAUUUAAACUUACAUUGCAGAUUUUGCCAUGUAUUAUUUCGAGAUUUUGCAAAUCGGUAAUAAUUUGUACUGUAGAAUAUUACGUCAAAACAAUGGUACUGUAGAGUACGCUUUGCAUAUUAGUGGCUUCAUUUUUAUGCAUAACUCCUGUCCCUACAAUUGUCCCUUCCCCUCAUGUUCUUUGUGUACACAUACUUAUGAAUAAUGUCAAAACAUAACGGCAGCAGCUUCAUUCAUAAUUAGAUUUCAUACCCUCACUUCAGUAAACAGAGUAUAAUUGUAGUAACAAACUUACCUGCAUUGUGGACUAUUUUAUAAAUACUGUACCUGUAUUCAUCAUAAAUGAUUUCUUGUAAUAUUGCUAACACCAAUUUAUAUGAAGACCAAUGUUGGGAUAAACUGAAUGUUAAUUUGGUAAUACUUCAGCAUUUCUAAUUGCCAUUAUCAGAGCUAUGUAAUACACAAGAAGGAUUUCAAAAUCUGUGUUCAAAGAUGACAAAAUGUAAAAACCCACAAAUUUAAAUAUUUUCAAUCAUUUUCUGGAGGUAUGUUGCAGGUCUGAUGGUGGCUAUUAGUAUUGUGAGAAUGACACCAAGUACACACGAUACAGUUAAUCCAAAUCGUGUUCAGAAUACGUAUACGCUUCCCUCAUGGAAAGUCGAGUCCAUCAGCAGUACUGAUUUUUUUUUUUUUUUUUUUUUUUUUUUUUAGUUGAGUUUUGGGUGACUCAAAAUUGACCCAUAUUAAAGUCUUAUGUAAGUUUACAACUAAAAUGUGACUGUAACAGUUACUGUAAUUACCAUUUAUGCACUUCAUAUAUCUAAAUCUGCUUUAUUAAAAUUUCAACCCCCAUUGUGAUGGCUAAUAUAAAUUUACUGUUACGGUCACUGAAUCAAACUGGGCAGUUGUCUGCAUUGUGAUAUUAGAUAGAUGGGCACUCAAAAAUGUUCUUGUUCUCGGCCUCUCUCUCUCCCCGUCUUCACUGUUGAGGACUGAACCAAGGAGAUUCACAUACCGGUACAACAGUGUCUUGUUGGAGUUGGCACGUCUGUUAUCUACGUUGAUACUUCCACCUUUAUCUUAUUUCCAUUUCUGGAUAGUUUACAUACGAGGCUCAAGAGAUAUCAUGUUAACAUUCUUCGUGCUUUAUAGUCGUGGGUCAUGCUGGAAACUUCAAUUAAAAAUUUGUAAAUUUAAAGUAUGAUUAUUGUAUAUAUAUAUAUACGUUUUAAAAUGUAUAUUUGAACCACAGUUAGAGCAUUUGUCAUCAUUGGGUUUCAGGUGAGAGUGCCUCAAAUUGGACUAUCUAGAAAUGGGCUGCAUUAUUGAUUUCAUCUGCUUACUAAUUAUUACUGAACUGGGCAUUAAAUAAACUGGUGUCCUUAGUUCAGAAUUUGUUUUCUUCAUUGGAUUUUCUAUUAUAAUUAUGAAGAUUUACCAAGAGUUUUAAGAAAUAAAUGUUAGGAUAUUGUUAAGUAGGGCUACUAGUUAAGUGUUUAUUUCUAUUCAGUAUGUUGGAGCAAAAUUUAUUAUAAUUUUUCAUUGUUUUAAGACUAUAUAUUCCUCUAUUUUCACAUUGUGAAUUACCUUGUUGAUUUUUAUGGGUAAUUUUGCAUAAUUAGGGCAUUUCAAUUUAGCAUACUUCAUGUCUUCGGGCAAACCAUUUUGUUGUUAACUGGUAAAUGAUCAGUGGCUUUUGAGUCUUCGAGCUGAAUUUCAGGACUGACUUCAACCUGCUGCAUGAAGCAAUGAACCUCUUACUCUUAUUGACUAUAUUAGUCAGGAUGUUUGCUGCAGUUACCAUCUAGUUUGAUAUAAGCUGCAGAAGGGGUUCAUGUUCAAACUCGGCCAUUACCACAAUGGGUAUUGUUUCUCCUGUGUUAAACAGGACCAAGUCCCACUUGCAGUACCUCAUAUGGCUCAUAAUUUUAUCUCCGUGUCAUUUCCGGUAAGUGAUAACAGAAAAAAAAAAGCUGUUCUACACCAUCAGGUUAAGUCAAACACAAUGUAAUAGCCACAGUUACAGACAGUAAGCAAUGGUGAUAUUCUGUAUCAUUGGAUGUAGAUGCAUUUUUGAAAUACCGUCUCUGCUCACAGACGGUUUGUGUAAUGUUCUGAAUACUUGCCUUGUGUGUCUGUUUUAGUUAGGUGUUUAUGUUCAUCUCAUUGCAUUUAAAUUCCCUGAAUUUGUAGUAUAUGCAAUGAUGAUGUGAAUACAUAAUAGUAUUGAUUCAAAUUAAUCUUGAAAUUAGUCAUCAAGGCACAUACUCAGUGACAUCUGCACAUUCUACAGUCAACUUUGAAUGAGAUAAUAAAAAUAUUUAAUGUUAGGUGCAUAUUUCUAUUAAAAAAAAGGACAGCAACUUAUGGUAGCUAUAAACCAAGGACACCAAUCUUCUAGGCUCCUUUUGCAAUACUUCUCAGGGAUUUCUUCUUAUUGCUCAUUCUCCUGUGUUUUGCUUCUCUUUGUAAUUUAAAAUUGGGUGUUGGUUUUUCAACAUAGGGUAAAUCAUUAUUAAGUGGUGUACAUGCAACUUACCAUUGUUGGUAAUUUGAUUGAGGUAGUUUUUGGCAUUCUUUGAAGUGUUUUCAACACAGGAAAAUGUGGAACAUUUUAAGCACAUUUCUCAGUCUACAACUAUGCGGGUAUGAGAGUAGGACCAACAGUUUUGUUUUUGUUUUCCCUGUUCCAGAUGAAACACACUAAUUCAGAAAUGCAUAUUAUUUACAUAAAGAAGUCAGGUAGCUAAUGAAUCAAGCUAGAAAUACUAGCAACCAGAUUUGUGCUCUUGUUAAAUGCAGUAUAGUAGAAUACUUCUCAUGGAUCUCAACAUUUAAAGCAGGGAAGAACCUUACUGUCUGUAACUAUUGCUGUUUUGCUUGAAUCAUCUGACAUAGCAUGAUUGUUCCAAUAGAUUGUUUUGGCAGAUGGCAUUGGAUUCUUCCUUCUUUAUUCCAAUCUAAGAUAUUUCUGCAUAGCAUGGAAUUAACCUAAAUUAUCGAAUCUUGGAGGAUUGUGUCACUGCCAUCCAGUCAACCUUCAGAAAUCUCACUUGACGUUGUAAAGAAAUUGCUUUCUAUCUUAUAUUGACUUCAAGUCCCACCCAAAGUGUGAAGAGUUGAAGAGGUUGUGGAGAGAUGUGGUCAGCUGUGACAAGCUCUUAGAAAGUCAAAUUUUAAUACUUAAAGCCUCGAUAGGUUUUACCAACCUGCCACUUUCUCCCAGCCCCUUCUUUUUGUCAGGUGUUGUUUCCCUUGUUGAUUCGUCCUUGUUGUACAUUGAUAAACACGAUGGUGAGGUUUAGUGACACAUGAAUAAAAAUUAUUUGUUCCAAAACUCCCAUUGCUUAACAUUCAUGAUGAGAUGCAUUUAGCAUGGGUAUGUCAAAUAAUUUCUUACUUUGUUACUGAAUAUUGCCUUUUAAUAUUAAUCUUAUUAGACUUGAGUGCUGUGUAUUUGAAUGAGGUGCAGCACUAUAAUUAAUUGUUAGAGAGCUUGAGGCUUUAGUUGGAAAUAAAUAAUAUUAAUAUUGUACAUCUAGCAUGUAUAUAGGGAUUUAAUGCAACUGAAAUGUCUAGUGUAGUAGUAUUUCAGGCAAAUUCCCAGAUACAUUGCAUGCACUACUAGUUUGAUGUUCAUAUUAUGAAGUAUAUGGCUAACGAGCAUUAUAUAAAAAAAAAAGUUUAUAAGGUUGAUAUUCAUUGAGGAACCACUCAGUUUUUUUAGCCUUAUCUACUUUUGUCGUCAAGAUCUUUAGAUGCUGCUCUUGCUACAAUAGAGAAGUAUAGUAAUUGGUGAUAAAUCAACCCCAAGCAAUGCUUUGUAUUGGGCUCAGGAUCUUAUACAAAAAAUUAUGGGGAGAGUGAUUGUGUCUGAAACACUCUGCAAGAUAUGUUAUUGUUGAUCACAUCUCAUACAGGAGAAAAAGUAUUGAACUGCUAACAAUAAAUAUCUACAUUAAAUACUUUUGCCUGUAUCAUUAGCAUUAAGAUUUUUCCUUGGUUCAAAGCGGUAUGGCUGAAAUUAUGUUGUAUUUUGAAAGGUGUGUAGAUUCCCAUGUCUGUUCUUCACGUUAAUAAAUCAGUAUGUUGAA